UUUAUUUUGAAGGUGCCGACCGGAAGCGUGGUAUAUCAAUCUGUUAGCUUGAAACGGUUAUGGUUGGGAUAGGCCAUAACAACCACCCAACAAGGCGUCGUGCUACUAUGGGGAAAUAUCCAACCGAACCGACAAUAAAAACGGAGUUGGUUUAGUUUAGAGUCUCGAUAAAUGCUGGAAAUUUGCCGGAAAGUCGACGCAAGUGGAAAUGAUCGCAUAUUAGGGAUCCGGUGUGGACCUUGACGUCGAGCCGUGCGUAAUGAGCAGAGUUGGAAAAAAGAAGGUGUUGAGGUGCAUUUUUUUCUCUCUCUCUCUCUCUCUGCCUGCCUGCCUGCCAGGGACAACUUGGAUCGGAGUACUGUCUCAACUACGAGGUGCUACGAAUUAAUAUAAUGCCCACGAAGCCCUCCACUUUCUGGUAUGGCAGGCUGGGCCCGAGGCUCUGAGGAUCCGUGCCUGAGUCACGACUGAGGAUCGCCUGAGCAGAAUGACUCAGCAGGAGGGGGGACCCCCAAACAGCAAGUGAAGAGAAGUGAGGAUGGGCGCUAAUGGGUCCAGCUAUCCACACUCAUGCUCCCCACGCAUCGGGGGAAAUGCACAGGCGCAGCAGACUUUCAUAGGGACCUCGUCCUACUCGCAGCACGGAUAUGGCUGGGAGUCGAAGCUUUACAGUCUGGAGCACGGACACGAGCGGCCCGCGGACCGGAAGAAGAAGAGCCUCGGUCUGGCGACCCUCAAGCGGAGGUUCAUCAAAAGGAGGAAGUCCAACCGCUCGGCGGAUCACGCGCGGCAGAUGCGGGAGCUUCUGUCGGGGUGGGACGUCCGAGACGCAAACGCCCUGGUGGAGGAAUACGAGGGCACGGCGGCUCUCAAGGAGCUGAGCUUCCAAGCCAGCCUCGCACGCGCUGAAGCGCCCAGCCUGCAGCGGGACCUGGCCGCCCUCUACCAGCACAAGUACUGCACAGAUGUGGACCUCAUCUUCCAAGGGACUUGCUUCCCAGCUCACCGGGCCAUCCUGGCCGCCCGCUGCCCCUUCUUCAAGACCCUGCUGUCGACGUCCCCUGGCUACGGAGCCGAGGUUCUCAUGGACAUCGAGACGGCCGGCAUCGACGUCCCCAUGUUCUCCGCCUUGCUUCACUACCUGUACACUGGGGAGUUUGGGGUGGGCGGGGCGGAGGACACCAGGCUGCAGAACGUGGACGUGCUGGUGCAACUCAGCGAGGAGUUCGGUACCCCCAACUGCCUGGAGGCGGACAUGAAGGGCCUGUUUGACUACAUGUGUUACUACGACGCCCUGCUCAGCUUCUCCUCCGACUCUGAGAUGAUAGAAAGCUGCAACGAGCGAGGGCCCGCGGCGGCGGCGCCGGCCGUGGGCUCGGCGGGCCCCGGGACCCCGGACGAGGACCUUCGGGCUCACAAAGCCAUCCUCUCGGCACGUUCUCCUUUCUUCCGGAACCUUUUGCAGAGGCGCAUCCGCACAGGAGAGGAAAUGACGGAGCGCACGUUGCAGACGCCGACCCGCAUCGUGCUGGACGAAUCCAUUAUCCCACGGAGAUACGUGCAGGUGAUUCUCCACUGCAUGUACACGGACGCGGUGGAGCUCGGGCUGGUGCUGCGGGGCAGCCCCUCGGCGGGCAGCCUCGGCGAGGUGCAAGCCCUGGUGUCCGGGGGCCGGGGGGCGAGCACACGCACCGAGGAGGCCAUGGAGCUGUACCACAUCGCUCUAUUCUUGGAGUUCAGUAUGCUUGCGCAAGGCUGCGAGGACAUCGUUGUGGAAAGCCUGUCUCUGGACUCGCUCGUCCCCAUCCUGAAGUGGAGCUCCCAGCCGUAUGGCUCCAAGUGGGUCCACAGGCAGGCCAUGCACUUCCUCUGUGAGGAAUUCAGUCAGGUUGUCACUUCAGAUGUCCUCUACGAGCUCGGCAAGGAGCACCUUCUGUGCGCAAUUCAGUCUGACUACCUUCAGGCGAGCGAACAGGACAUUCUCAAGUAUGUUGUUAAGUGGGGCGAGCAGCAGCUUAUUAAGAGGAUGGCAGACAGGGAGCCAAACCUUUUGAGCGGCACAGCCCACAGUGUCAACAAGAGGGGAGUGAAGAGGAGGGACCUGGACGUGGAGGAGUUAAAGGAGAUCCUGUCUCCCCUCCUGCCCUUCAUCCGAACUGAGCACAUCUUACCUCCCAACAGCGACGUCCUCGCUGACGCGCUUAAAAGAGGUCUGAUAAGCACCCCUCCCUCAGAUAUGCUGCCCACAGCUGAGGGGGGGAAAGCAAAUGCCUGGUUACGGCAGAAGAGCGCUGGCAUCUAUGUGCGUCCCCGCCUCUUCUCUCCCUAUGUGGAGGAGGCUAAGUCUGUGCUUGAUGAAAUGAUGGUGGAGCAGACGGACCUGGUGCGUUUGCGAUUGGUGCGAAUGUCAAACGUCCCAGACACGCUCUACAUGGUCAACAACGCUGUGCCUCAGUGCUGUCACAUGAUCAACCACCAGCAAAUGGCAAGCAACUCAACCACAGCGCCGUCGGUUGUGGCCAAUGAAAUUCCAGUGCCUCAGCUGUCCGUGGUAAAGGAGAUGAUCCGGAGGCUGCAGGAACUGCGGCACACCGACCAGGUCCAGAGAGCGUACGCCCUGAACUGUGGUGAAGGUGCCACCGUCAGCUACGAGCUGCAGCUGCGGGUGCUGAGGGAGUUCGGUCUGGCAGACGGAGCCACGGAACUACUGCAGAACCCGUACAAGUUCUUCCCUGAUGAACGGUUCGGAGAUGAGAGUCCGAUCCUGGCUCUACGCCAAGUGGGUCGUUGUCGGGUAAACAGCAGCCCAGCCAUGGGUAGCAUGUUCACAGAGCUCGAAGGGGUCGUUGGCUUUCACCCUCCCCUACCUCCUCCGCCUCCCCCAUACCACCCCCCUGCUACACCCAGCCAUGCUCAGCUCAAGGGUGCCUGGCGUCCUCGUGUGCCCAUGCCGGCCCCGACCCGGUCCUUCUCCUAUCCCUGCAACCGCACCCUGAUCCAGCGCCAUGCCGCCGCUAAGCAUGGCAGCUCAGACUACUCCUCUGUGCCCAGGCCCCAGCCCCCAGACUGCACCAACCCGCAGGCUAUGGGCCGGGCUUUGCUUAUUGACCAGCAAGCGAUGAGCAUGGAGCCUGUCAUGAGGGAGUUCAUGCCUGACAUUGCAUUGGGGGUCUCUGUCAUGUCCCUGAGGGAGCAGCACAUGGCAGAGUUGGACAGGGAAGGCCCUCACGGGCAAGUGGGCCCCCCAGGCCACCAUCUGCCUCACGGGCCCUGCCCUUCUGCCCGCCACGGCCACGGCCCCGGCCACGGCCCCGGACAUGGCCAUUCAUGCAAGAGACACGCUCCUGAACCCAAGUUGGAGCCUCAAGCCGAAUUCCCUGACCUGUAUGACUUCUCCCGUCGACCUACGACCCCGACCUCCACUCACCCUCUGCCGUCCUUUGCAGGACCAGACCUCUACAGCCACAGCUGCACUCCCUCCAGCUCUUAUCCACCCCCCUAUAUUUCUGAGUCUCAGUCCCAGGGCCGCCAGCAGGGACGGACCGCUCCAGACCCACUACGUCUGGAUGUCCUUAGUAUGACCUCUCAGAGGCACGAUGGAGUCCCCCAACCCGGGGCCCAACCUAGGAUGGGACACAUCCCACGGGGGCGAUCAAAUGAGACAGAUUUGACUCACGGUUUAGGACAUUUACGGCCUCCCAGUGGAAACAUGGACAGCUAUGAGGAGAGGCACACGGGACCCAGAGAAGCCCCGGAGGAGAUGGUUCUAGCUGGGGAAUCAUUGGGCCCGGGGUCCCUCCAGCAGCCUCACAGUGUCACCGAGGAGAUCGCCAGAGACCGCAGGUCACCCAGCAAGCCCGACUACCCGUAUAAGAAAUCUGCACUUUAACCCCAAUGGAGGACCAGGGGGUUGAGUUGGGAAAAGGGAAAGCAUGAUGAGUGGCCGUCCAUCACAAUGGAUGGCAAAGCACUAAGUGUGUGUGUGUGUGUGUGUGUGUGUGUGUGUGUGUGUUUGUUUGUUUGAGAGAAGCAGGGUAAAGGGGUGGUCGAUGGUUUCUAUUUAUUUUAUCUGUCCUUUUGUCCGGCCUCUAUCACACAGUGCUUUCCAUCACACGGUCAGAGGACGGGAUGAGUGAGAGCUGCAGGUUGCCUGUGGACGCUUGUCGUAAUUGAUCUCUGCAAGUGUUCCUCGUCCUGCCGCUUCAGAGGACGACUCGGGCUCCACGAGGACCGACUGCUCUCUUGAGUUUGAUUGUACGGAAAGGGUUUAGCUCUGUGCUGCGAGUCCUGCGUGGGGAGGUCACGACACUAGCUGUAGCUCAGUUAUGAACCGACGGUUCAACAAAGAUUACAUUCAUGCGCUCUGUUGUCUUGUUUUAGAAUUGAAUGGGUAGAUCGUGGGAUCGGAAUCUCAAUUUACACAAGCUAACAAUGGUACACCGUUUGGGAGAGUGUUGUGAUGAAAUUGUAUGUAAAUACAUCCGACUGGAUUAUUUUCCUCCCAUUAUUUGUAUUUCGAUGUGUCCCGUAGCAUGCCGACAGCAACCCACUCGACACGUUGUCCCCACCUGGUUCUGCAGCGCGGAUGAGUUGAGGGCCAAGACCCGGCCACACAAAGCAGGAACUGGAUCUGACGGGAAGUAGGUCAUCAGAGUGCAUCAUUCUUCUGUUACCCAGUCUGAUAAUUGUCCCGCGCUUCGAGUGUCUCGCUCGGAGGCAGGCGCCUGGUGUUUUCCGAGGGCUAGGGGUGGCGGGAAGGCGCGCGAGCGGGCUCAUUACUCGAGUACAGUGACACAUCUAGGGGUGCCAUGGCAACUGACGUACUGUGGGUUUGUUGGUCUUUCAGCUGAAACGGGCGUGUGUGCGAGCGUGUCUGGGCGAGAAUAACUGAUACACACAGUUGUGUAGAGACAAUCUCAGUACUGUACACCCCCACCUUCAGCCAGGACGCCACAUAUCAGUCUGAUGACCAGAGUGUUUGCCACACAGUGUGCUGGUCAGUGAGCGAGAGCCUCCUGUUCUGCUUUUAAACCAACAGCAUUAAGUAAUCCAAUCUGAAGCCUUAACCAGUGCUUGGAAUAUUCAGUUAAGUAUGAUGUCAUAUCGCUACUCCUUUUAAUUGCUUCCGUGACUGUUCUGUUUAUUACGGGCACAUUAACUACCCCUUACCCGGAUGCUAACAUGUAUAUACAUCAGGUCUCCAUCACGCCUCCCCAUGCGAGAUUGCGGACCUGCGUAGUCGACGUGGAUGCGAUUUAAAAUCGACUGUUAAAGAGCUGCAGCAGCUGUAGCUCCAGCACCAUGCAAGUCCACACGAAGCCCGUUCCAGCCAACAGCUGGCGCGCAACCUCGCAUCCCAGUAUCAGUGCACUGGAGGAGCUGCCGGGAUACCAGCUGAAGGGAAGAGGAACAAAUGAAUUUUGAACAAAAGGAAUCUUCUAUUGAAGAAAAGUUGGCCGUCGCUGGCUCAUAUCUCCACAGAAAUUGUAUAUAAUGAAUUGAGCGCCGCGCUGACACAUUUUUUAUGGUUUCUAUCACAUUUUAGUGGUUGUUGAAGGUUUGAGUUGUUACUGUAGUGGACAACACUGUGUACUUGUCUUUGUCAUGAAAUCUCACUCGGAGCGAGUGGUAUAAAACAUAAAGAGUG